UGCGAAGCUGCGCGCUCGUGCCUGAGAGCAUUGUCCUCGCGCCCACCGCAUCGCUCGAUGGUCGUCCUCAGCGCGGCAGACAUCCGCGCGGGCAUGCUCGCGGCCGGCGGCGCUCCGGUGGCGAAAGUGGUGCCGUCACAGCAGGUGGUGGAGGUCGCGGGCGUCAAGCACACGCUCGAGGACGAGUACCAGUGGCUGCGCGGCAAGGCGUGGCCAAAGCUGGUCGAGGACGAAGACAUCAUCGCGCACCUCGAGGCGGAGAACGCGUACUGCAAGGACUUCCUGGCGAGCUUGGGCGGUCUGCAGGAGGCGUUCUUCCAGACGAUGAAGGGGCGGAUGAAGCUGACAGACCGCACCAUCGAGGUGCGGCACGGCGGCUACUACUACUACUCGCGCACGGAGGAGGAGCUGCAGUACUCGAUCGACUGCCGUGUGCCGCUCGCUGCAUUCGACGCGCUCAAAAAGAGCGGGCCCGUGCCGGACGCCGCGUUGCGCGGCGCCGAGGAGGUCAUCCUCGACCGCAACAAGCUCGCCGAAGGCAAGGCGUUCUGCAAGGCGCUCGGCACAACCGUCUCCCUCAACGGCAAGGUGAUGGCGUACCGCGUGGACACGCAGGGCGACGAGAACUACUGCCUGCAGUUCGUCUCGCUCGAGAGCGACUACCUGCCCGACCAGCUGUGGAACGUCGCGAGCUACUGCUUCCACCAGCCUGCCGACGCGGCGGAGACGGGCGCGCCACCCGUCGGCGUCUUUUACUCCUUGCGCAACCGGAACCUCCGCCCAACAAAGGUCUUCUACCACCGGCUCGGAGACGCGACCGAAGGGAGCCAAGACUUUGCUCCAAACGACCGUCUGCUGCUCGAGUCGAAGAAUGAGAUGUUCGGUGUGUCGGUCGGCACAACCGCCGACAAGGAGUUCGUCACGGUGCGGCACAGCAGCAAGACGGAGAAUGAGGUGCUUGCGAUCGACGUGGCCGACGGCGAGCUGCGGCUGGUCAACUUGCUUCCGAUGGCGGACGACGUCGAGUACUCUGUCUCCAAGAGCGGGCCGCACUGGUUCAUGCGCACAAAGGCGGGCUGCCAGCGGGACCACUUUCGGCUGGAGCGGGGCGAGUGGGCGGACGGCGGGAGGAGCGAGGACUUGCUGCUCCUCUCCUACCUCGACGCGCUCUCGCACACGGCCGCCUUCUCGGGCGCGACAGACUACUCGACAAACUCGGUCGUUGUCGUGCUCGACACGCCUUCGCUGCCGACGACCUGGUACGACUGGGACUGGGAGGCGAGGGGCGAGCCCGCCCUGUGCACGCUGCAGGUGCCCAACUACGACCCCUCGGAGUACCACACCGAGCGCCUCUACGCGCGCUACGCCGAGGACAAGUCGCUCGCUCUGCACGAGACGCUGCACGCGAGCGACGACCCGAAGUACGCCGACUCCGCCGUGAGCGUCCCGGUGACGGUCCUGUACAAGAAGAGCCUCUUCAAGCAGGACGGCUCCAUGCCGCUGCUCCUCGAGGGGUACGGCUCCUACGGCAUCUCCGAGGAGCCGGCGGCCAAGUUCCUCUCCAAGAAGCGCACCUUUCUCGACUUCAUCGCCGUGGCCGACAAGCUCGCCGACGACAAGUUCACCUCGGCCGGGAAUGUGGCGAUUGUCGGCGGCUCCGCCGGCGGCAUGCUGGUCGGUGCUUGCCUGAACAUGCGGCCGGCGCUCUUCAAAGCCAUCGUGGCGCACGUGCCCUUCGUGACCGUCCUGGACACGAUGCUGGACGGCGACCUGCCGCUGACGCCCGGCGAGUUCAAGGAGUGGGGCAACCCGAGGGAGGAGCACUACUUUGACGUCUUCCCCUCCCUCUUCGCCACCGCUGGCCUCUCGGACUACCGCGUCGGGUACUACGAGGCGGCAAAGUGGGUGGCGCGCUUGCGCGCCGGGGUCGCUGCGGCGAAGGCGGAAGCCCCGGACGGCGCUGUCAAUGAGCCUCUGCUCGUCUUCGAGACAAAUAUGGCUGCGGGCCACGCGGGCGCGUCGGGCCGUUUCGACCGCCUGAAGGAGGUCUCGCGCGACGUGGCCUUCCUCGCGACCGAGUUCGACGGGCUGGCUGCGUGGGCCCUCACCCUGUCUGCACGCCAGAGCGUGAAGCAAGUCAGCAGCAAUCGCACGGUGAGAAACGACUGUCUCUGAUUGACUGACGAGAUCCAGACUCUCGACCACAGUUGUCGAGAGAUUUUCGAGUCCUCACAGCUCUCUUGAGUCUUGUCUCGUGUGUAUCGCGCGCCUUGCGGGGGGGGGGCGCGGAAAAGAGGAACCUCUUUAGCGCCAUCGCCACGGUGCUGCAAGCAGCGCCGGGCGACGACGACUUACCGCCUCCCGGUCCCCCUCGGCACACCUCCGCUGCUUAACCCCUAAACGGCUACCGAAACGGGGUGCCCGGAAGGGCGAUAUCACGGCGGCCUAACUGUGCCUCCGUGCUCCUGCGCGUUCUGGGGGACAGCGGGUGCCGUUGUGAAUGUAGUAGCACCGCCGCCACGUGGCAUUGUUGCACGCUACGUGCGGGCCGUCGUCGCAGGCGAUUCGAAUCUGACUCGCCUCGGUCCUGCACUCGUGCGCCGUGCUCCAAGCAUGGUGCCCCCUCAAGCGCGCGAGCGAUUUGUCGUGAUAGACGAGGCUGGUGCUCCGCACGCCGUGCGAGUAGUGGCUGCGGCCUAAGGGAGUGAAGGGGAGUGACAGCAGUGUGUGAGUGCCAAGCUUUGCGUGCGCUGUGUGUGUCCAACCCGACUCGGAGAAGGCCACCUCGCCCAUGUGAACGAAGGCCAGGUUCUGGCCCUGCGCGACUUCCGAGAGGGAGUAGCCGGUGAAGACGUCCUCCCAGGGCAGUCCGCGUGCGGCGGACCCGAUCGCAGCGUCCAUCCCC